AUGAUGGCGGCAGCUCCCAUCCAGCAGAACGGGACCCAUACCGGGGUUCCCAUAGACCUGGACCCGCCGGACUCCCGGAAAAGACCGCUCGAAGCCCCCCCUGAAGCCGGCAGCACCAAGAGGACCAACACGGGCGAGGAUGGCCAAUAUUUUCUAAAGGUCCUCAUACCUAGUUAUGCUGCUGGAUCUAUAAUUGGGAAGGGAGGACAGACAAUUGUUCAGUUGCAGAAAGAGACUGGGGCCACCAUCAAGCUGUCUAAAUCCAAAGAUUUUUACCCAGGUACUACAGAGCGGGUGUGUCUGAUCCAGGGAACAGUCGAAGCACUAAACGCAGUUCAUGGCUUCAUUGCAGAGAAGAUUCGAGAAAUGCCUCAAAACGUGGCCAAGACAGAGCCUGUCAGCAUUCUACAGCCUCAGACCACUGUUAAUCCAGACCGCAUCAAACAAACAUUGCCAUCUUCCCCAACUACCACCAAGUCCUCUCCAUCUGAUCCCAUGACCACCUCCAGAGCCAAUCAGGUAAAGAUUAUAGUUCCCAACAGCACAGCAGGUCUGAUAAUAGGGAAGGGAGGUGCUACAGUGAAGGCUAUAAUGGAACAGUCAGGGGCUUGGGUGCAGCUUUCCCAGAAACCUGAUGGGAUCAACUUGCAAGAGAGGGUUGUCACUGUGAGUGGAGAACCUGAACAAAACCGAAAAGCUGUUGAACUUAUCAUCCAGAAGAUACAAGAGGAUCCACAGAGUGGCAGCUGUCUCAAUAUCAGUUAUGCCAAUGUCACAGGUCCAGUGGCCAAUUCCAAUCCAACCGGAUCUCCUUAUGCAAACACUGCUGAAGUGUUACCAACUGCUGCAGCUGCUGCAGGGCUAUUAGGACAUGCUAACCUUGCUGGAGUGGCAGCCUUUCCAGCAGUUUUAUCUGGCUUUACAGGCAAUGACCUGGUGGCCAUCACCUCUGCACUUAAUACAUUAGCCAGCUAUGGAUAUAAUCUCAAUACACUAGGUUUAGGCCUAAGUCAGGCAGCAGCUACAGGGGCUUUGGCUGCAGCAGCUGCCAGUGCCAAUCCAGCAGCAGCAGCAGCCAAUUUGUUGGCCACCUAUGCGAGUGAAGCCUCAGCCAGUGGCAGCACUGCUGGUGGUACGGCGGGGACAUUUGCAUUAGGUAGCCUGGCUGCUGCUACUGCUGCAACCAAUGGAUAUUUUGGAGCUGCUUCUCCCCUAGCUGCCAGUGCCAUCCUAGGAACAGAGAAGUCCACAGAUGGAUCAAAAGAUGUAGUUGAAAUAGCCGUGCCAGAAAACUUAGUUGGUGCAAUACUCGGAAAAGGAGGGAAAACACUAGUUGAAUACCAGGAGUUGACUGGUGCAAGGAUACAGAUCUCUAAAAAGGGAGAAUUCGUACCUGGCACAAGAAAUCGCAAGGUAACCAUUACUGGAACACCAGCUGCAACCCAGGCCGCACAGUAUUUAAUUACACAACGGAUCACAUACGAGCAAGGAGUCCGGGCUGCCAAUCCACAGAAAGUGGGUUGA